AUGUCAACAUUAGAUUUGCAGCCAGUAGCCUUACCCAAUCCACACAUACAAACAUCUUUGGUAGAUGUAACCAAUAGAUUACCAAUUAAACCCCCUUGUAGAGUAUUCUUUAAAAAUGAAUUGGAACAACCAUCUGGUAGUUUUAAAUUAAGAGGAAUUGGAUAUUUGGUUAAAAGUUCCAUAGAAAAAGCCAAGAGAGAGCAACCAAAUAAAGAAAUUCAAAUAUUUGCUUCUAGUGGAGGUAAUGCAGGAUUAGCAGCUGGUUAUCUGGCUUAUUAUUAUAAACUUAAAUGUACUGUGGUUUUGCCGGUCAUUUCCAAGAAGGUCGUUCAAGAUAAAUUAAAAUCAUAUGGAGCCAACAUUAUCUUGUUUGGUAACAAUAUUAACGAAGCUGAUAAACACUUGAGAAAUUUAAUGAAUUCUAUGGACUUAGAUGAAGUUGUACCAAUUUAUUGCCACCCUUUUAAUAACCCAACGAUCUGGAAGGGACAUGAAACAUUAGUUGAUGAAGUCGUCGAUCAAUUAGGUCCUUCACAAGCAAAGAAUUUAAGAGGGAUGGUUUGUUCAUUUGGUGGUGGUGGAUUAUAUAAUGGAAUAUAUCAAGGGAUGAAAAAUAACAAUAUUCGCAAUGGAGAAAUCUUAGCAAUUGAAACAUCACAAGCUCCCACCUUAACUCAAUCAUUAAAAGCUGGAGAUUUAAUUACAUUACAAUCGGUCAACUCAUUAGCCACCUCAUUAGCAUGUUCUCACACAACCAAGAAUACAUUACAAUACUUCAACGAUUCAUCUUUCAUUGAAUCAAAAUUAGAACUAAUAGAUGAUGUGGAUGCCUUGAGAGGAUGCCUCGCUUUUAAGAAGUGUACUAACAAGACAGUAGAACCAGCAUGUGGUGCAGCAUUAUCUGUAGUAUAUGAUAAGAUUGAUGCCUUUUACAAACACUUUGGUCAUUUGAAACCCAACGAUAUCGUUGUCAUCGUCGUCUGUGGAGGUACUUGCACAACUGACCAAGAUCUUGCUGGAUUCCAAACAAUCAUCAAUAAAUCUGAAAUCAAAUUGUAG